AUGGCUGGAUUAACGCAGUUUUUACCUCAGCCAUCACAGCGAGUGUACGAUCGCGAAGAUGAAGAAGAAGAACGACAAAGGCAUUAUAUGCAACAAAUAUCUGUGAAAAGUGUGCGUUCAGCUCCUCCGUACGGACACAGGAAAGGUUGGAUACCACGUACACAAGAGGAUUACGGAGAUGGCGGGGCUUUCCCGGAAGUUCAUGUGGCUCAGUAUCCCCUAGGUAUGGGCCUUAAAAAAUCUAAUUCGAACUCUUUAGCCGUACAGCUAGAUUCCCAGGGGAAAAUAAAAUAUGAUGCAAUCGCAAGACAAGGACACGGGAAAGACAAAGUUGUGCACUCCAAAUUUCAAGAUCUUGUACCAAAAUUAAUCGACGAUGAAGACCCAGAGUUGGAGCGACCAAAUGAAGAAAAAACUAAGGAGACUACAGAAAAAACACGCCAGGCCCUCGAAAAGAUCGUGUCUAGUAAAAUGUCUGCUGCAAUGCCUGUGCGACACGCAGAUAAACUGGCUCCUGCUCAAUAUAUCCGCUACACACCAUCUCAACAGGGUGUAUCGUAUAAUUCUGGAGCAAAACAAAGAAUUAUUCGGAUGGUUGACGUACAAAAAGACCCAAUGGAACCAGCACGAUUCAAAGUAAACAAGAAAAUCCCCCGCGGUCCUCCUUCCCCACCCGCACCUGUCCUGCAUUCACCAAAUAGAAAAGUGACAGUCAAAGAACAACAAGAAUGGAAAAUUCCUCCCUGUAUUUCAAACUGGAAGAACGCCAAAGGAUAUACAAUUCCUCUGGACAAACGUCUAGCAGCUGACGGUCGUGGCCUCCAAGGGGUACACAUCAAUGAAAAUUUUGCAAAACUAGCAGAAGCUCUGUACAUUGCUGACAGAAAAGCGCGUGAGGCUGUUGAAAUGAGAGCUCAGAUUGAGAAAAAGAUGGCCCAGAAGGAGAAAGAAAAGAAAGAGGGUAACCUGAGAUUGUUAGCUCAAAAAGCCCGUGAGGAACGGGUUGGCAUUCGUCGUGAGGAGAAAGAUGAAGAAGUGGCUGAAAGAGAUGAACUUCGAAAAGAUCGGUCCAAAGACCGACAACGUGAGAAAAACCUUGCUCGGGCAGCACCAAACAAAAGAUCCCGACUUCAGCAUGAACGAGAACGAGAUGUUAGUGAAAUAAUUGCCCUAAAUCUUCCAAAUACAGGUGUAGCCAAUUCACAAGAAGUACAGUUUGACCAGAGAUUGUUCAACCGUUCGAAAGGUAUGGACAGUGGUUUUGGUGAUGAUGAGGUCUACAAUGUCUAUGACAAACCCUGGCGCCAAGAUCGCACUAUUGCUGAUUCUAUCUACCGACCUUCCAAAAAUGCCGAUAAAGAUAUGUAUGGUGAUGAUCUUGAGACAAUCAUGAAGACCAAGAGAUUUGAAGCAGAGAAGGGCUUUGCAGGAACAGACAAGUCCCGCAAACGCGAUGGACCUGUCCAGUUUGAGGAAGAUCCUGAUCCUUUCGGUUUGGAUAAAUUCUUGACAGAAGCCAAACAUGGCGGACAGAAACGCUCAACUCAUGUGGAGUCUCGAUCCAGUAACAAAGAAUAUGAACCUAGUCGCAGCAAACAAAGAAGGCGGGAAUAA